UGCAUGGACAUGCAGCAGGUGUAGGAGACGGGAGCGAGGUGGUCUUCUUCUUCUUCCUCCUGGCUAUGGCGAUGGAGGUGAGAGAGCGGCGAUGGUGACAGGGACAGAUUGGAUUCGAGGAGGACGGUCGGAUUUUCGUCAGGGAGAGAAACUCGAGCUUGUGGCUAUGGCGGCGGCGCCGCUGAGGAGUGCCACGUGGACUGUGGAUGGCCGAUUGACGUCAAAGAAGGUGAUGGCUAUGACCAGCUCAGAGACCGGAACGAAGAAGGCUGCCGUGCCUCUCCCUUCAAAGACCAGAUCAGGGUCCUCAUCCCAAACAGGUCAGCGCCCCCGGCGGCCACGUCAUCCUGCAGAGGGCAUUGGUCGCAGCAGGGAGGAUUCAGUACACCGACGACUGAAGGCCUUUCACGAAGGACGGACUGGUCCGCCUCUGCGAAUCAUUCCGAUUGGCGGAUUGGGCGAGAUCGGGAUGAACUGCAUGCUCAUUGGGCACUACGACCGGUACAUCAUGGUGGACGCGGGGCUCAUGUUCCCAGAUUUUGAUGAGCUGGGCAUCCAGCGUGUUUUGCCGGAUACUUCUUUCAUUCACCGGUGGAGAGACAAGAUAGAGGCGGUUGUCAUUACUCAUGGCCACGAAGACCAUAUCGGCGCCUUGCCUUGGGUGGUUCCUGCGCUGGACCCCAGCACGCCAAUUUUUGCGACCGGAUUCACCAUGCAGAUUGACGAGUCACCGGUGGACGGUCAGGUGUUCGAUCGUGUUGGCCUCGAACAAAUCGGCAAGGAAGGUGUCACAUUGAUGAUGAGUGAUUCUACAAAUGUGCUUUCGCCAGGACGGACGACGAGUGAGAAAGAUGUCGCGGAUGCGUUGAUGCGGCGAGUGCUUGCCGCAAAAGGACGUGUCAUUCAUACCCAAUUUGCAUCGAAUGUCCAUCGUCUAGGCAGCAUCAAGGCAGCAGCUGAUGCGUCAGGCCGCAAGAUGUGUUUCAUUGGACUUUCAUUGAAGACGUACCUUGAAGCUGCUCAUAAGGAUGGCCAGGCCCCAUUCGAUCCGUCUAUUCUGGUGAAUGCAGCAGACAUAGACUCUUAUGCUCCCCAUGAGAUACUGAUCGCAACUACUGGCUCACAGGCUGAACCGCGAGCAGUUCUGAACUUGGCUUCAUUUGGUGGGAGUAAACAUUUGAAAUUGACAAAAGAUGACCUAGUACUCUAUUCAGCAAAGAUGAUUCCUGGAAAUGAGACACGAGUGGUAAGGAUGAUGAACAGAAUAACAGAACUAGGUUCGGAAGUGAUCUGGGGUCGUGGAGAGAAUCUGCACACAUCUGGCCAUGCUUACCGAGGCGAGCAGGAGGAGGUGAUUAAGCUGCUGAAGCCUCAACACUUUUUGCCAGUCCAUGGAGAAUUUGCCUUCCUGAAGGAGCAUGAGAAGCUGGCCCAGUCCAUCGGUGUGCGCCAUACGACAGUGAUCAAGAAUGGCGAAAUGCUGGGGGUCUCCCCCUUGCGAAACGCUAGGGUGCAUAGCAAUGGUUUCUCACUUCUUGGCAAGGAGAAAUUGACGACAAUGUACAAUGAUGGGGAUAAAGGCUUCGGGUCGUCAGUAGAUCUCGCAGUAGAGGAGCGGAUGCACAUUGCAGUGGAAGGGAUCGUGAUCGCUAGUGUGGAAAUUUACCGUGGCGAUGAUCAUCUGGAGGAGGAGGAGGAGGAGCUUGACGGCGGUUGGGAGGAAAUUGGGCCUCGGGGGGGGAUAGGGGGGGUCGAUGAUGGGGGGAUGGGUGAGGGCGAAGGCGAUGUCGCUCCCGAACAUGAGGUCCGAAGGGGUUUACGGGGGAGGGUGCGAAUUACAACGCGCUGCAUGUGGGUGGACGGAGGCAGGCUCCUCGAGCGGAUACAUACGGAAGCCGUCAAGGUUCUUCGCUCAAGUGAUCGAAAUACAUCGCUAUCGGCAGUCGAGCGAGAUAUUUCGUCCGCGAUCAGGAAAGUUUGUCGUAAAUAUAACAACAAGCGACCAGAAGUUGUUGUUAUAGCAACAGAAAGUGCGAAUGAUCCGAAUUAUGGUCGUAGGUAGCGACUCCGGAGGGAGUUUGGAAUGGCAAUUGGAGGAGGAGGAGGAGGAGGGGGGGUGUUGGAAAAGGAGGGGUGGUAAAGGGAGGCACAGCUAGCUAGCUGUUUUUCUUUCUAUCUUUCCGAUUUUGAAAACUUUGUUUCCGCAACUUUCCGGUUAUAACCUUUUUGAUUAGAGGGCCAAAAGCAAGAAAUUGAAGCCUCUUCAGUUAUCAAAUCUGUGCAAGGGCAUCAGAUUGUGGGUGGGUGCCAUAGCUUGCCCUUAGGCUUACCUUUUUUUCGACACAAAAACCGUAUAGACAUGGAUUUAUCGAUGGAAGUCCAUGUUCUGUAUGCAUGACUAUUUGUUGAGAACAACAACAACUGACAACUUCAAGAAUUCCGAAUCUUCUGGGACGAGAAGGACGACGAGGCCUUGCUCCCGGCCUACAAAAGACAAAAGCAUAGAAUACACAUUCCUUCUUCGAAUGGAGAGAUGAAUGUGCUGUCGGGUUGCAUUCGCACUAGGACUUUCUGGACUGAUCUCUGGACAUAAUUGCUGUCAGAUGCAUGCCGGACAGACCAUUAUUGCGGUCGGAUGCAUCCAGAAAUUCCCGGUGUGAGGUGCUAUCAAUCGCCGUGCGAAAGCGAAGAGAGACGAGGAGAUUGUCCAGUUUUAUCACAAGGUGUGGUAGAGGGGUAGAGGGUGAGUGGGGUGUUAGGUGGGGGGGAAGGGAGGAGGAGGGGGAGGGGGAAGUGGGAAGGGAGGGGGGGAUGGAAAGGACAGGUGCUUCUGCCGAGGAAUGCUGGAGGCCCACGGGACAGUAGAAGGACGACAGAACGUGAGGCCAGUUCUGCGGUGCACGCGAUGAGGCAACCUUGUAUUGAGGUGGAGGGGCUUUUUGUGUGUGUGUUGGGAGGUGGGAAGGGGGAGUGGGGAGGGGGGAGGGGGGAGUGGGGAGGGGGAGGGCCACGGAGCAUCAUCAAAGGGUGUGCUAGGAGCCACUGGAUAGCAGAGAGAUGUUCUGUGGUCAAGAAGGAGGAGGAGGUGAGCUUGCAUUUAGCUGAUGCAAGUCGGGAAAAAGAAGAAGAAGAAGAAGAAAUGACUGGAGGUCCAUAACAGCAGGAGGGUGAGGGGCGGGAGGAGGGGCAGGCGAGGUGGGUGUGUGCGGGAGCGGGGUGGGCUUGCCUCUCUAUGAAAUGAUUUGAGGCAACCUUCUUCCACCGAGUACGUCGUACGGUCAUUCUUUGAGCUGUAUUUGGUGUAUCUUUGAGUCUAAAUACAGCGAGCAUGACCGUCCGUUGUAUUCGGGGGACGAAGGUAGUGGAGAGUAUGAGGAUGGCAAGAUGUGAUGCCAGUUCUGUGGUUGACACAUUUAGAGAUGUAUCUGUAUUUGGUGUAUCUUUGAGUAUAAAUGCAGGUAUCUUUGAGUUAACCUUGCGUUGAGGGGAUGCGGGUGGAAAGUAAACAGAAACGGAUGGAGUGCUUCGCAAUGCGAGGGGGAGGGGUGGGAGGACAGACCAAGAAUAGCAGUCGGUAUAGGGACUCGUCCUGCAUUCAGUGAUCGGGUCACAGUUCCUGAACCAGGAUUGGACCAGCCUUGGACCAGGAUUGGACAAGAAUUGGACUAGAAUCGGACCAGUGGAAAAGCAACCCAUGUCCAGGCGCAAGCUGCAUGUGGCAACAGGUAUCGAGCAACUGUGUGUCGGUGAUUAUGUGGCAGGCUGCGACACCAAGGAUCAGAAGAUGCAUCCUUUGUCGAGGCCACAGGUCCAUCGGGAUCUGCAGCGGGGCAAGUAGUAGAGCGGGGGUGGACAGCUUGGUAGGGCAGUUGGCGUUUCCCCUCAAGAGCACAGGGACCAACCCGCCUCAUCUCAGGGUUAACGGCUGAGAGCAUCUCUCACCGCAUGUCUGGAGUAGUUUGAUAAAGUGUGCCAGGAUAAGCUUGGCUCAGACAUGGGGGGCACUGAAAGCCCAGAUGUCCAGGCAGAGCAGUUGACAGGCAGGAGAUGAGGUGGGACCACAUGUGGGCCCAUUGUGGCUCCUGUGCAUGUGGGUCCAAUGGUGUCCAAAAGGGGCCCGAGAUAGGUCCAAUAUGCUGCAUGUGCAUGUGGGCAGACACGCCACUGGUUUGCCGGUGGAGUUGGCAGAUUGUUCCAGACUCCAGGGAGCACGUGGUCGGGGACUGGGGACCUGGAAGUCCUGGACCAUGGUUCCUGGACCAUGGCACCGGCGUUAUGGUGCAUGGAUCCUGGGACCUGGACCAUGGCACCGGGGCUAUGGCACGUGGAUCGUGGGACCAUAGUUCCUGGUUCCUGGUUUGUUUUUGGAUAGCUGCCUAGACAUGACAGUGAAGUGCAUGGUACCUCGGCAUGGGUCCAGUGGUCCAUCUCAAGGUACACAAAUGCACCCCUUGAGAUUCAGGUGCGCCUGUGAUCUAGGGGCAGUGGACCAUCUCAAGGUACACAAAUGCACCCCUCGAGAUUUAGGUGCGCCUGUGAUCUAGGGGCAGUGGACCAUUGGUCCAGUUUCAGUGGUCCAGGAAUACUUGAUACUGUCGGGGGGUUAACUUGAGCCCUCACCCCCCCAUUCGUCCAAAGUGGUUCGCGGCAGCUGGUAUAGUUGGAGAGGCAGGGCAGUUGCAGUCGGUAAUUGGCUGCACUUUCGGGCUAAAAGGUACCGGCAUCUACGAUGGACCGUCGAUCAGAGAGGGAUUGCCCAGGUCGACCCAGAUGCGCCGGUGGUUAAGGCAUACUGAUGUGUCGAUCUCUUGCGGGACAUUGUCCGGGCCCAUUGUCCGGACGCAAGUAUUGACAUCGAUCGGUAUGUAAGGUGAGGUUAUGCCCCAGCCACCGCGGUCCUAGCACUGUUGUCCUAUGAGCGUCUGUCAUCCUCCUAGCUCCAUGGUGACUGUGUGCUCCCACUACUAGUACCACUAGCGCUGGGUCCACAACACUGGUGACCCUGUGGUCCUACCACAGGUAGCACUGUGGUCCUGGUACGAUGAUCAACAGGGUCGGAUUGUCAGUGCGCUUGAAUUUUACAGACUGUCGUUCGGGCUGUUGACAAGGAGGCUAUUUGAUUCUCUGUUAGUUAGUUAAGGGCAAGCAAGUGUGUGUGGGGGGGGGNGGACGAGGAGGAGGAGGAGGGGGAGCUCCAAUCUGAUCUUCAUAGUGAGGAAUGGGAAGUCCGUACCAGGUCUUUGUCCAGAGCAUUUUUCUUGCGAAGAAGAUAUUUCAACAAAUCCAACCCUUUGAA